GCAGCCGACAAUUUUAGUAAUUGCUCUUUCAGCAACGAACGCCCACAGAACAUGCGCUUUGCCAAGUCGCCUGGGUUGCGAAUCGACUAUAAAAUGCAGCGACGUCUCCGAGAAUUCCAACAAGAAUCACUUCCACCAUCAACGCCUCCUCCGCCAUCACUACUACUGCUAUGAGCGUCGAAUUCACCGUCUUCAAGGGCUCGAAAGCCGAUGGCAUCGUCCAAGCAACGAGCUCUCGUCCUGUGCCAACCGGGAUCCAAGUCCUGGUCCGCAUCACGCACUCCGGCAUCUGCGGCACCGACGAGCACUACAAGCACGCCGACAUGGCGCUCGGACACGAGGGCGUGGGUGUCGUUGAGCAGGUCGGAUCGGACGUGUCCUCGCUGCGCGUCGGCGACAUAGUCGGAUGGGGCUACAUUCACAAGACGUGCGGGAAAUGCGAGCACUGUCUGCAGGGGCAGGACCAGUACUGCACCGCCCACGAGAUGUACGGCACGCACAGCUUCGACCAGGGCUCGUUCGGCACGUAUGCCGUCUGGGAGGAGCCCUUCCUGUUCCAGAUUCCAGCAAACCUGGCCCCUGAGCACGCGGCUCCGCUGAUGUGCGGCGGCGCGACCGUGUUCGAGGUCCUCGACAGCUACGGCAUCCGGCCCACGCAGCGCGUCGGCGUCGUCGGGAUCGGCGGCCUGGGCCACCUGGCCGUGAUGUUCGCUGCGAAGAUGGGCGCGGAGGUCGUCGUCUUCUCGAGCUCCGAGUCGAAGCGGGAGGAGGCCGCGCGGCUGGGCGCGUCGGAGUUCCACUCGACCAAGGACGUGUCGAAGUUCGAGAACGUGCGGCCGCUGGACCACCUGAUCGUGACGACCAGCUACAUUCCCUCCUGGGCACCGUACAUUGCGGUGAUGAAGCCCAAGGGCACGAUCUACCCGCUGACGGUCAGCCAGGACAACUUGUCCAUCCCCAGUCUUCCCCUCAUCCUGGGUGGGAUCAACAUCCAGGGCUCGACUGUCGCUGGCCGCUCUGUCCACCGCCGCAUGCUUGACUUUGCUGCGCGCAACCACAUCGAGCCGAUUAUCGAAAAGUUCUCGAUGACUAAGGAGGGCGUCGAGGAGGGCAUGUCUCGCUUGAGGGACGGCAAAAUCAGAUACCGGGCUGUUCUCGUUGUGUAAUCGACUGGAUUUCAAGUCAAAUACUGUAGCUACUAAACCUAAUUUCUCUUAGUGUGUACAUCUAUAAUCAGAAAUCAUUUGAUUCAGUGUUAGUAUCGAGGUG